CACAACACCACUCAAAUCGAGCACACAUCAAUAACAUCUUCCUCUGGAGCCAGCUAUAUCUUGCUCACUCGACACGUUUCCAUGAGCUAUACCCCUGUUUCCACUUUUCAGCCCUCUAUCCUCUCUUCCUGUUGGCGCAUGGCUGGCUCCGGAGUCUGCGUCGCCAGCGGGCUGUCGGCUCGACGGGUGCUCGCUCGCAUCAAUUUGGAAGAAUGCAAGCAGCGAGACUUGCCGUUCCUCAAAGCAGCAGGUACGCUUGCUUUCUCGCAUGAAUCAUUAUUCCCAUGCGCGUUGUUUGCUUUCGACGCCUUAAGCACAUAUACAUGGCUCAUCGGCACGGCGCGACAGCACACUUAUACGAGGGCCAGACCUGGGCUGCAAAGGGUCCGCUCGCAGAGAUGCAGCGUGUACGAUGUAUGUAUUCACUUCCACACGAUGAGCCGGCCGACGGCCGCUUGUACCACCGAAUUUCGCUCUGCAGGACCCCAAAAUAAUGGGCAUCGAGCAUGUGGGGGUACAUGCGGUAUGCACCAUGGAGCAAAUUGGCCACAAACACCAUGAACGAGUCAGCACGUGCUGUUACGCAGCGAAACUGCCACAAU